GCUGCAACGGCCGCAGUGCUGCCGGCUCCCUCCUCCCCGCCGCAUCGCUGUCGCCAUGGCGCUGUGUGGCCGCUCCGCUCUCCUCCUGCCGCCCCCGCGCCCCUCGCCGCGCCGCCCCCGGGCCGCCGAGGCUUUCGUCAGCUGCAGCCGCCUUCGAAACAUUCAGAGUAUCCUGACACAGAGCAGCAAAUCUCAACCUGAUGGAAUCCUUUGCAUCUUGGGAAUAGAUAGUCGGUACAAUGAAGGUUGCAGGGAACUGGCAAACUAUCUGCUUUUUGGGUUGUAUAACCAGAAUAACAAUGACUUUGAAAGAACUGGGUUUCCUGAAGAAGUUCUUGAUGAUAUAAUCAUAUUAAUAAAACGUGACAGUGUCCAUCUGUACUGUAACCCUGUGAAUUAUAAUCAUCUUUUGCCAUAUGUGGCAUACUGGAGGAACUUGCAUUUUCACUGUCUAACUGAAAAUGAGUAUGAAGAUGAAGAAGCUGCAGAGGAAUUCAAAAUUUCCAGCUUUGUAGACAUGGUUCGAGAUUGCAGUCGCAUUGGUAUUCCAUACAGCUGCCAAGGUCAUCUGCAGAUAUUUGAUAUGUUCAUUGUUGAAAAGUGGCCAAUAGUGCAGGCUUUUGCGCUGGAAGGAAUUGGGGGUGAUGGCUUCUUUACAAUGAAAUAUGAAUUAAUGGAUGUCAGUGUUGACUUGUGGAAGACAUACAGCAAAAUGGAUCCUGUUUCCUUGGAGGACUUGCUCUUUGAGGAUUUAAUGAUUUUUGAACACCAGUGGACCAACUUUUUUGCUAAUUUUGAUACCGAAAUUCCCUUCAUUCUGGAACUAUCAGAAUCUCAGGCGGGGGAGCCUUUCAGAAGUUAUUUCAGUCACGGAAUGAUCUCAAGCCAUAUAACAGAUAACAGCCCUAGCCGGCAGCCCUUUGUUCUGUUUGGUAGCCACUCAACUAAGGAAAACUUGAACUCUGGUAACUUUAAUUUUCCAUCAGAAGGACAUCUUGUUCGAAACACUGGCCUUGGUGGAAGCACUGCUAAGCAUAUGGUAGUGCAGUGUGUAUCUCCAAAGGGACCUCUGGCUUGCUCAAGGACCUAUUUUUUUGGAACCACUCACAUUCCUUUCCUGGGAAAUGACAAUGAGAUGCACAAGCAAGCUGAACAAGUUACGCUGUUGUCGCAAAUAUAUACUGCUGUUGUAGAGGCUGUGCUUGCUGGCAUUGAGUGCUAUGCUAAAACUUCCACUGAAUCCAAGGCAAAAGAGGUAGCAGAGCAGAUGCUUAUGUCUGUGUUAGAUACCCUUCAUUUAACACAACUUAAAACUGCAUUGCGCUCCAAAAUCGCUUUUCAAAUUCAGGCUGUGAAUAAUCAUGGAAGAAUUACUCCAUUAGAUAAUGAGGAUAGCCUGAGUUUGAUUAAAACGGCGUCUAUGAUGGUGUUUGACAUUCCAGACUUGCUCACAGAAAAAGGAUGCUUGGGAUCUGUUGUCUUUUCAGAGUCCUUUCUAACAUCACAGAUACAAGUAAAAGAAAAAGGUGGCAGCAUUAAUUCAGAAACCAGCCAUAUAAUACUGACGGCAGCUAUCCCAAGAUAUGCUUCUUGGCUGGUUGAAGAUAGUGAUGUGAAACUGUCUGAAAAAGCACAGUGUGUAUUGAAGGAAGACAGAUCUUUUCUGGGCACUUUACUCACUGGAGGAGAUGGAGCGUAUAUGUAUUCUACCAAUCCGCAGGCCAUGCCUGCAGAAGGCAAAUUGUACUUCUUUUCAGAUGGCAUUCUCUUUUCUGAUCCCCACCAUGGCAGCAUUUCCAUUUCAAAGGACCAUAUGAGUUCCAUUUCACUCUAUGAUGGGGAUUCAACCAGUAUUGUUGCUGCUCUCUUUAUAGGCAUCAAAAGUUCUUUGCUUGCUCAUCUACCCAUUGAAUUUCAUACCCAAGACAAUUUUUUGAUGAUUGCACUUUUCCCCAAAACAAAGAUUUAUAAAGCUUUUUAUUCACAGGUUUUCUCUUCGUGGCAAAACCAGACAAACUCAGGAUUAUCUUUAACGGUUAUCCAGGAAGAAUUCCUGUCUGUGGAACAAAAGAGACUGCAUUCCAGUGUUCAGAAGCUAUUUAAUGCCUUGUCUUUUCCUUCUGGGGAAAGAUGCAGGGAGUUGAAAAUAUCUGCUGCCCUUCCAGAAUUAGAGAGGUUUCUGCAACAUUUUACAGUCAGCAGCGUCAGUCAUGAGCCAAUAAUGAGAGCACAUCUUCCUAUUCUAUUGCAACAGUCAGAAAUCAUUCCUGAUAGCAAAGCAGGAAGUGAUAAGGUGGUUAUCACCAUUAUAACUGGUCUUCCGGGAUGUCGUUGCAGUGAUCUGUGCGCUUUUCUUGUAACUUUUAACAAGGAGCGUGGAAGGUGGCUAGUUUAUCGGCAAACUAUGGAUAGUCCUGAAUGUUUCAGUGCAACCCACUUCCAGCGUUACCUCUCCAGUGUCCUGGAGGCUCAGCAAAACCACAGCGUCCGUCAGUCCACUUACGCUAAAAGGAACAAGCGUCUCUUAGUGGUCUUGCAAGGAUACACUGAUGUUAUUGAUGUUGUACAGGCUCUGCAAACUCAUCCUGACCCAGACGUGAAGUCGUCUUUCAUCAUUGGAACAGUUAAUACUUGUGUAGAGCCACUGAGUUGCUAUAUGGAACAUAGGCUUCUUUUUCCCAAGUUCUUGGACCAGUGUUCACAAGGACUAGUGAGUAACGUGGUUUUCACAAGUCAUGCUACAGAGCAGAAGCAUCCACUCCUUAGGCAAUUGCAGAGCCUUAUCCGAGCGGCAAAUCCUGCUGUUUCAUUCAUCUUGGCAGAAAAUGGAGUUGUAACUAGGAAUGAGGAUAUUGAAUUAAUUCUCUCAGAAAGCAGUUUUUCAAAUCCUCAGAUGAUGAGAGCACGAUAUUUAAUGUAUCCUGGCUGGUAUGAAGGCAAAUACGGAGCUGGGUCUUUCUUCCCUCCAAUGGUUCAGAUCUGUGUAUGGUUUAAUCGUCCUCUAGAAAAAACACGAUUUGUGACCAAAUGUAAAGCGAUUAAGUCAUUGCUCAAGCCAAGUCCUUUUUCUGGAAACAUUUAUCACAUCAUGGGCAAAGUUAAGUUUUCAGAUUCUGAUAGAGUGAUUGAAGUCUGUCACAACACAUCAUCUAACUCACUAAGCCUUGUGCCUGUUCAGGAGGGGCCAAAUCCUCCUGAUUCAAGAAGUGAUAACAGAGAUUGCAGCAGUCAACAGGAGUGCUUCCUUGUGUUCAUUGGCUGCUCUCUUAAGGAAGAGGAUAUAAAAGACUGGCUCAGAGAAACUGCAAAACAGAAACCUCAGAGGAAAGCCUUGAAAACCAGAGGAAUGCUAACCCUUCAGGAAAUAAAAAACAUUCAUGUGAAACGCCACUUGGAUCCACUUCCAGCUGGUUAUUUUUACAACGGGACUCAAUUUGUGAAUUUUUUUGGUGACAAAAUGGAUUACCAUCCAUUAAUGGACCAAUUCAUGAAUGAUUACUUGGAAGAAGCCAACAGGGAAAUAGAGAAGUACAACAGAGAACUAGAAGAACAAGAGUAUCACGAUCUCUUUGAGCAGAAGACUUAAGCACGUGUGUUCUGUGCAUUUCUGAACCACUGUCAGUAACCAAAAAUGCUGUUGUCCUUGCUGGUUAACUAGAAAAUUAAGUGAAAUGUCAGUUUUCAGCACUCCUUUUAAAACUAAGAGAUCAUUCCUGUAAGGUUGGCAUUUUAAUAUGGUAACUGCUUAGCUGUUUGUACUGUCAGGUUUGCUUCCACUUCACCUUAAUUCCAGACUGUAAAAAGCAUCACCUGGAAUCUCUGGCUAGUAGUGGAAACUUAUUUAAAAAAAUAAGAAGAAAAGAAGCAAAACUGUAUUUCCUAGUAGGUCAGAAUGUAAUCAUGGAAUUGGUCCAUUGUGCAGAUAAUCAAACCACUUUAAUCUCUGGGUGUCCCUUGAAACUUGUUGCACAAGAACAUUGAUGAGCAGUGGUAUACUUUAGUAUGUGGGACUGGGGGAUGUUCCUAAAGCGAGAAAUGGGGGAACAUUUAAAAAACUCAGAAGAGUACCUAAUCCCACAGCUCUUAGGGUGUUCCCAAAGCGAGAAAUGGGGGAACAAUUAAAAAAAACUCAGAAGAGUACCUCAUCCUACAGCUGUUAGGGUGUUCCCAAAGCGAGAAAUGGGGGAACAAUUAAGAAACUCGGAAGAGUACUUAAUCCUACUGCUGUUAGGGUGUUCCCAAAGCGAGAAAUUGGGGAACAAUUAAAAAGCUCGGAAGAGUACCUAAUCCUACUGCUGUUAGGGUGUUCCCAAAGCGAGAAAUGGGGGAACAAUUUAAAACGCUCGGAAGAGUACCUAAUCCCACUGCUGUUAGGUGUUCCCAAAGCGAGAAAUGGGGGAACAAUUAAAAAGCUCGGAAGAGUACCUAAUCCUAGUGCUGUUGGGUGCUCCCAAAGCGAGAAAUGGGGGAACAAUUAAAAAACUCGGAAGAGUACCUAAUUCCACUGCUGUUAGGGUGUUCCCAAAGCGAGAAAUUGGGGAACAAUUAAAAAGCUCGGAAGAGUACCUACCUAAUCCUACUGCUGUUAGGGUGUUCCCAAAGCGAGAAAUGGGGGAACGCUUAGGCAUCUGCAUUUUUCUGAGGGGACAGUAUGUCUCAUAACCUCUGCACAGUUUGAAUCUGCAGUCAAAAUUUUUGAAUUUUCUGAAGAAAAGAUUUUUAUACAUUUUAGGGUGAAACAAGAUAAGUAGAGAUAUCUUGCUUUCUUCCCAGUGUUGUUAUUGGUGUUCUAGAAAACAUGACAUGGAUGGUAGUAAUCUGCAACUUGCUGUUGCUUAGAAGAUAUCUCUGAAGGAUUCUUAUUUCAGUACUAAAAACUAAGCAAAGCAAGGGAAGAGGGAGCUUCUUUAGCUAAGGAAUUCCUUUUCAUGAAAAUGACUUAUUUCCAAAGGUGAAAAAUACCAAGAGAUACAUGUGAAAUCCAAAAGAACUUUUUUUGUGAAGCUUUCAGAAAAAUUUGCAUGCCGUAACAUUUCACUAAACUGAUACACCAGGUUUUAAGUACUUGCAACAAAACCUUUAUAGUUACCAAAUCAUACUAUAAUAGGAAUUCUGGCAACUUGUCCUUUAACUUAAUUCAGUACAAUUUUAAGUGAGAAUUCAUAGGUCACUGACUGAAGGAUUAUAAGGUACCCUAGCAGCUACUUAGACGUAAUUAUUCAAGCUUAUUUGAAUAAGCAGAUUAUUGUAGCAUGCUGUGUGUUCAGAAUUUAGACAAGUGAAAACAGUUCAGGAGGAAUUUUUUAUUUUCAUAUUCCUUUGCCUUAGGAACAGCUCCGUCUUUUAAUACAACUGCAACUUUUGGUUUUGGUCAGAUAUAUGUAACACAGUAAGAAACGGAAUGAAUAAUUUCUUACAGUACACUUAAAAUACUUGUAACGUGUCCAUGCAGUCUCUUUCUGUGGCAGGAAAAUGAGAUUUAACUCCUGCCAUCAAACCUAAGGCUAGAUACAGUUUUAUGCCUUACUUAAGAAAUAUGUUUUUUACCUUUGGAAAAUGAAAUGGCUGAAAUUUCAGUAAGCCUGUCAAAAAAUGAAACACCUUUUAGGUAGACUUUCAGUACAUGUUGCUACUAGCUGGUUCAGUGCCUGUGCUGUGGUGGUUAUACAGUGCAGAGGUGGAAUUCCAGGUGCUGCAGAUUGGGAUAUAGAUGUUGAUAAGGUUUCGUUACUAGCUUUCCUACUAGAUUUAAGAAGCUGUUUGAAUUUAAGAAAUUUUUUUUGCACACCACGAGAGUUUAUAAACUACUUGUAUCCUGUUCAAGUACAAUAAAAGCCAGCGAUUAGUUUGUGUUUCUAGGCUUUCUGGGGUAACCCAUAUUACAGGUAUAGAGCAUCAUGAUAAGGCUCGUGAGUUUAUCUAUGCAUGGCUAUACUUUAGUCUUAAUAUACUGUAGUGCCUGGUAGAGCAAACGUAGCUAGCAGUGGAUUUGAGGGGCUAGCGGGUGUUUACAAACUAAGUACAGUUGGUUGCAUGAAACAAUUUAUCAGACCAGGAUUAUUAGAGUACAAAAUUCUGGUCGUAACACUGCAAUAAAAAGGGGCAUUAGAGAAUUCUUAACAAAUUAUAGUUCUUUGCCAAUAAACUUAGUGUAAACCCAGUGUGCUCCUUUUCAGUACGAGUUAUCUAAUCUGCAAAGCCAUAUUUCUAGAAUAGUGGUAUGACUAUGUAAUGUCAGAAGAAAUACCAGUGGUUGGGACAGCAGGCACUUUGGUGAUGCUUUGUCUCAACUUGUAAGUCAAUAACAGAGUAGCUUUAAGUGCAAUUGAUUGAACGAUAGAUGAAGAUACUGUAGCUUAUUUUGCUCUGCUGAACUCUUUUUAAGAACUCCAAUUUGUGCAGCUCUUGAAAAUAAAUGUUGAUGGGGCUAAUUCAUCUGGGGUUGGCAUAGCGAGUUGUAAUUACAAGUGCGAUGCCCUGUGAACAAAAAGGAAAUAAGCAUUCAAAAUUGGUGUGCUACUGUGCAAAUUGAGCUGUUCCUUAAAAACUGAAGCAGAAGAGCUCAGAACAAAGGCCUAGUAUACUUAUAUACCGUACUGCAUGCUAUAUGGUAACAGCUGUGUAUUAUGAAGACCUUUCACCAUACUGGUACUAUUUCAAUUAAUAUAUUUUGGUAUUGAAAUAAAUUGAUUACCUCAAUUUUUUUUUUUUUUUUUUUUUUUUUAGUUUUUAACUGUGACUUUAAAACAGAAAAAAUACUGAAAUAGUGAAACUGUGACAAUGGUAUCCUUUAAACAUAGUAGUGCCUUGCAGAUGGCACCAUUUAUUUAUGAAGCAUAAAAUAAAUGGAUGUCAUGGGUUGUAUUGCUUGCACCCUCUUUUUUUAAAGGAAAAACGGUUUUGGUGAAAGGACUUAAAAUUAACCUAGUGAAGAAUAUUAGCACAAAUGGUUAAACUGUUUAAAAGAAAACUCUUUGAGGACUAAAAUGUGUAAAUGCCUGAUGCUGCUGAUAGUUUAAUAGCAGUUGCUGAUUAUUUUGGAGUUACUUCUAACAAUCAGCAGCACUUUUUUUUUUUUUAGAAGAGCAUAACUUUUGUACUCUGGUCAGAGAUAUUUAUACUGUAUCAAACCCCGUCUGUAGGGUAAUCUGGUUCCUCACUUUUGAAGUCAAGGUGAGGAUGGAGAUACUGCUAAGGAUCUAGUUUUGAAAAUUUUUUUAGCUACUGUAAAACUUUAAAAAAAAAAAAAAAAAAAAAAAAAAAAAAAAGCACCAUUUCUAAACCGCAAAUGUUUGGAUACAGAAAAAGUGCCAUUACACUGUUCCUUUAUCUUUUACUGUAUUUUGAAAAUUGGAAACAGUAACUUUGUGUCCAGGCAUUUCUGAUAUUGUGAAGAAGUGCUGAGAGUCCUCAAGGGGUUUACGUGCUUUGCUGACCUUCAUGUUAGCAGCUUGUGGUGGUGGUUUUUUUUUUUUUCCUCACCGAGAAUGAGUGUGGUCAGAAGUUACUGAAGUUAUAGGGAGAAAAAUGUGAUAAACUUAGGAGAGGAACAUUUGCAACUUGAACCACGCUGCAAUCUCGGAGUAUUUUAUAUUAAGCUGUGCAAUUUGUUAUUAGUCCAAUUUUACACUUUGCAAUUAACAAAACUGAUUGCAGGGAGGAUUUAAGUUGCAUGUAAAAGUUCCCUAAUAAGUUUUUUUUAAUUACUGUUUUUUAAUUGAAACUUUUCUGAAUUUGCACAGAUUUAAGCUCUGGAAUACUUUGGUAUUCUUAAAAGGGAAAAAUUGUAACUAGUAUAGUGAAUUGUAAACUGUGAGUUGUUAGAACCGCAUUGUUGAUCUAAUUUUAGAUUGUUUAAAAAUGUACCUCAGAAAGCUAGUGAGAAAUUACAUCAUUUUUACACAACGGUCAGAUACUAAUGUAACACUUCUCACUUUACAAUGUGCCAAAAUUCACUUUCAUACUAGUUCUCAAUGCUUUAAUAUUUGCAACUUUAAGUUAAAAACUUGUAUUUACAAACACUACUGUAACUUCAGUUAAACUGAAUUGUGUGAUUGAAGCUUUUUGCCUAUUGUAUUUAUUACACAACUUGAUUCAGUAAAUAAAAAAUUACCUUUCCAUUUAUUUUUGUAUUGUUUUACAUGUUUAUAUCUGCAGUUUGUGUGACUUUUACACCUGUAACUCAGAUGUGAUGGAAAGAACCAAUAAACAGUAUCCAUCUGC